AUGUUUCGUUCAAACAAUACUCGAAGAAUUACACGUUUAGAUUAUACUAGGUUUCAAAUGGCUAUUAAAGAAAAUGAGUUUAAUCCUAUUAUAAAAGAUCGUAGGCUAUUUCAGCAAUGGGUAGUAGACAGUUACGUAAAAAUUGAAAGAGAUAGAAUUCAGUAUUGCAAAAACCAUCAAAAAGAAUUAAGAGUUGAUACGUACAAAGGUUUACACGAUCACAUGAGGAAUUGUGCAAAUGAUAUUAAUAGUCAUGUAGGUAAAACUAUCAUUCUUCCGUCAUCUUUUACAGGAUCACCUAGAUAUAUGGAACAAUGUUAUCAAGAUACUAUGGCUAUUGUCAAUGAGACAGGAAAACCAGAUAUUUUUCUUACAAUGACAUGUAAUCCAAAUUGGCCAGAAAUAAAAGAAAAUUUGCUUCCAGGUCAACAAGCAGCUGACAGGCCAGAUUUAGUUGCUAGAGUUUUUGAUUUGAAAAAAGAUCGUUUGCUUGAUAUUGUUAUAAAAAAAAGCUUUUUUGGCAAAGUUGCUUCUUACGUAUAUGUUAUUGAAUUCCAAAAAAGAGGAUUACCGCAUAUGCAUUUAUUGAUUACAUUUGAACAAGGGUUCAAAAUUACUACACCUGAUGUAGUUGAUAAAUUCAUAUCUGCAGAAAUACCAAUAAAAAUUAGGAAUCCACGGUUAUACGACAUUGUCAUGAAAAAUAUGAUUCAUGGACCAUGCGCUGACUGGUGCAUGAAAGAUGGCAAAUGCUCGAAACAUUUUCCAAAAGAAUUUCAACAAAAUACUGCUAUGGAUGAAAAUGGUUUCCCAAAAUAUCGUCGAACAGAUACUGGUAUCGCUCACGAAUUUUCUAAUAAUCGUACAGUAGAUAACAGAUGGAUAGUUCCAUACUGUCCUGAAUUACUCAAAAUAUUUGAUUGCCAUAUUAACGUUGAAAUUGUUUCAAGUAUUUCAGCUAUUAAAUAUUUAUACAAAUAUAUAUACAAGGGUCAUGAUUCUGCUACAGUGGUGAUUGGACAACCUGAAAAUGGUCCCACGAUUGAGCACGAUGAAUGUCGCAAUUUUAUUGAUACCCGUUAUGUUGGACCAGUUGAGGCAUGUUAUCGUAUUUUUAGUAAAACAAUGCAAGGUAAAAGUCAUACUGUUACAAGAUUACAAGUACAUCUACCAAAUGAACAAUCAGUCAUUAUUAUAAAAAAUCAAGUUGAAUGUGCAUUAUUAGCAAGUUUAAAUAACUCAAGUAGUACGUUACUUGAUUAUUUUACUUUGAAUACUAAUAAUGAGAGAGCAAGACAAUAUUUUUAUCAUGAAAUACCAAAACAUUUCACCUAUAAGAAGAAAAAAAUUAAUGAUGAAAUGGUAUCUGCAUGGGAAGAUCGUAAAAAAAAUUUCAAUUGCAUUGGUAGAAUGUAUUCAGUUAGUCCAACUCAAUUAGAAUUAUUUCAUUUAAGAUUGUUAUUACUACAUGUUAAAGGCGCAAAAAGUUACAAUGACUUGAAAACAGUAGAUAAUGUAUUGCAUCCUUCUUUCACAGCAGCGUGUUUAGCAUUAGGAAUUAUUGAAGAUGAUGAUGAAUGGAAUAAAGCAAUGAGAGAAGCAGUAUCUUGGAUGAUGCCAAAACGCUUAAGACAUUUAUUUGCUAUUAUAUUAAUACACUGCCAACCUGUUCACCCAGAAGAAUUGUGGGAUACAUUUAAAGACGCUAUGUCCGAAGAUUUUUCGCGACAUAACGAAUUAACUAAAAGUUAUGAGAUGGCUUACAGUGAAAUAAAUAAUAUUUUGCUCAAAGAAGGCACAAGUAUAGCUAAUUUCCCAACAAUGGAUCAAAAUAUUGCAAUGCACGACGUUGAUAGUAAUGACAACGAUAUCCUGCAUCAUCAAUUACAAAUUGGGAAUCAACAAUAUGAAAAAUUAAAUGCCGAGCAAAAAGAAAUUGUUGAUAACGUUAUUACAGCGUCACGAUCUGAUGAUUACACCGGCUCGACUUGCUUUUAUAUAGAUGGACAGGGAGGAUCUGGGAAAACUUUUGUUUAUACUACAAUUUACAACCUUUUAAUGUCAAGUAACAUCAAAUGUUUAACAAUGGCAUUUACCGGUAUCGCUGCUAUAUUGUUGCCCAGUGGAAAAACUGUUCAUAAAACUUUUGGGUUGCCAGUUCCGAUGUUUAAUGAUUCUUCUUCAAAUAUAAAAAUACAGUCUAAUGAAGGUAUGAUUUUAAAAAAUACUAAAAUAUUUAUUUGGGACGAAGCGCCAAUGGCACCUAGAUAUGCUUUGGAAAUAGUAAAUAGAACGUUGAAAUACAUAAUGAACAAUGAUCUACCAUUUGGGGGAAAAAUAAUGAUUUUAGGUGGUGAUUUUAGACAAUUGCUUCCUAUAAAAGUUAAUGGAACACGUAAUGAAAUAUUAAAUUUAUCCAUUAAGAACUCUGAAUUAUGGCCACUUUUUUCGAAGUUUCAAUUAAAAACUAACAUGAGAGUUUGGCCGCAUGAACUUGCAUUUGCUAAGUACUUAUUGGAUGUCGGUAAUGGGACAGUAAAUGAUCAAGAUAAUAACAUACAGCUUCCACCGAACUAUAUUCUACCUGCAGAUGAAUAUGAAAUGAAUAAUAAAAUUACAGAUUUAUUAGAUAAAAGUGGCGAACACAUAUACACAGGCAUAGACAGUACAGAAAAUUGUGAUAAUGGUAAUCUUGAAGAAGUUUUGCUACAAGAAUAUCUUAAUACAUUAAAUCCACCUAACUUUCCUCCUCAUAAAUUACGUUUAAGAAAAUUUUGUAUAGUCAUGUUAAUCAGAAAUAUUAGUCUCAGUGACGGACUGUGCAAUGGAACACGAUUACAAGUACUUGAUUUUUCUAAUCAUUUAUUAAAAUGCAAGAUAUUAACAGGAGACCAACGCAAUAACAUAGUAUUUCUCAAUAGAAUUACAUUAUACUGCGAAAAUAAAUACCCGUUUACUUUUAAAAGACGACAGUUUCCAAUAAAGUUGGCUUUUGCUAUAAUUAUUAAUAAAUCUCAAGGUCAAACUUUAGAAAAAAUUGGUAUUGAUCUUAGACGGGAUGUUUUUAAUCAUGGUCAACUUUACGUAGCGAUGUCUAGAGUAAGAUCAUGGGAUUCAUUGACAAUUUAUCUAGGAAAUCAAAGACAAACUUCGAUUGUUAAAAAUUAUGUUUAUACAGAAUUGUAUCAAUAA